AUUCAGAACCAGGUGUGUUCCCUCGGUUAAGACAACAGCCAAUGAACAGUAUGGUUAACAUGUUAAAGAACAGUGAUUCACACAUCAUCAUCACAUAUACCUGAGGCUAGGUACAGCAUUCCUGAACUACACCCACAGCAGGACGGCACAGACGAGACCAUGAACAUUAUUAAAUACUUCCUUCUAGUGCACUCGAUCUUAUCUGGAGCAGACCCCCUCAGCCCGUUCAUUAAGCGCUAUGAGGGCUUGUCAUAUAACAGAGAGGCUCUGCAUCAGAGUCACCAGCGAGCGAAGAGGACGAGGCGGGAGGCGGAGCGGACUGUCCAGCUGGAAUUCAGCGCCUAUGACCGGAAAUUCCACUUAAGACUGAAGAGAGACUCCACAGGGUUCACGGAAGACUUUCAGAUCCAUUUCAAAAACUCAUCUGAAGCUGCAGAUACCUCCCACAUAUACUCUGGAGAGCUGGCAGGUGAGAGUCACUCUGUCUGCCACGGUUCUGUCAUUGACGGCCAAUUUGAAGGUUUUAUCCAGACGCAGAAUGGCACAUUUUACAUUGAGCCCACUGCAAGAUACACCAAAAACAGCACUGAUUACCACUCUCUCAUCUACCAUGAAGACGACAUUGAUUACUCCCGUGUGGGACCCAGGGAACCUCCUCAUUGCGGGACUCCGAGUCUGGGACGGUAUGCAGAGAGCCUGAGACAGGAAAUCCUUGGGCAGGAUGAACUUGCGCUAAGAUCAAAGAGGACUCUUGACUAUUCCAAAACGAGCUGCAUGCUGUACCUGAGGACGGAUCACCUGUACUUCAAGAAGUUUGGGAGCGUGGAGGCAGUGGUGGCACAGAUUGGUAACUAUAUGCGAGCCGUCAACGAUAUCUACGAUAAAGCUGAUUUCGAAGGCAUCCGGCUUAUCAACUUCAAGGUGAAAACACUUCACGUCAUUUCAGACGAUGACCCCUCUAGUCUGCAGUACUCUCCCUUCAUUGGCCCAGAGAAGCUCCUAAUGCUGCACUCCAGAGAGAACUGGGAUAACUACUGCCUGUCUUACCUGAUGACAGACCGGGAUUACAACGGAGUCCUGGGGCUCGCCUGGGAAGGAAAGCCUGGUAAUUCUGGUGGGAUUUGUUCCCGAUGUGCAGUGUUUCAAGAUGGCACCAACGCUUCCCUGAACACCGGCUUGGUCACACUGCAGAAAUAUGGGGACUAUCUGCCCCCUAAACUGGUCCAUCUCACAAUGGCACAUGAGCUGGGGCACAGCCUUGGUUCGCCGCAUGAUGAGAAGGGUGAGUGUGAGGCUUCAACUCCAACUGGAGGCCAAGGGAACUUCUUGAUGUUCCCAUACGCUUCUGAAGGUAACCAGGGCAACAACGACAGAUUCUCUCCAUGCAGCGUAAAGCACAUCAGCAAACUGCUGAGGAUAAAGAAGGACAAGUGCUUUACAGAAAGUGGCCUGCCAAUCUGUGGGAACCAGAUUGUGGAAGAUGGGGAGGAAUGUGAUGUGGGGCACAAUGACACUGACCCUUGUUGCUAUAGCGCCAGCCAAUCGGAAGACUUUCACUGCAAGCUUAAACCCCAGAAACAGUGCAGCCCCAGCCAAGGAAAGUGCUGCAGCCAUCAAUGUGUUUUCAAGCCACAAGGCCAGAAGUGCCAGCAGGAAAAUGAUUGUGAGUUUGAGAGCGAGUGCUCUGGUGUGGGUGCGUCCUGCCCCUCGCCCACACCCAAGGCCAACAUGACCACCUGCCACCUGGGAACACGCGUCUGUAUCAACGGGAAGUGCGACCAGUCGCUCUGUGUCAAAUACGGUCUGGAGCAGUGCGGCUGUUUAGGCAAUUCCAUGAAGGAAAAAUGCUACAUUUGCUGCCAGAAGCCAGGGAAGCCGUCCACGUGCGCCAGCACCACCUCUUCGGUUCUGUUUGAGUAUUUCAGAGGCGCUGAGAUCGCCCUUCCAGCCGGGGCCGCGUGCUCGGACAGGCAGGGCUACUGCGAUAAAUUCAAUAUCUGUCGGCUGGUGGACGCGGACGGGCCCAUAGCCAGACUGAAGAACUCCUUUCUGCGCCUCAAUGAGUUUGAGGAUCUAGCUGAGUGGAUGAAGGCAUACUGGUGGGGGAUCCUCCUGGUCAUUCUGGCCUUAUCCACUGUAAUGGCCAGCACAGUGUUUUUGUUUGGACACACUGCGGACAGCAGCCCAGAAGAGGAUGUUCGAGCUAGAAGUAAAAGCUCCUCUUGCCCCAGCAAGAGACAACAACGCCAGAUGCAGGAGUCUAUGAUGCUCCCCUUGAAAUAAUUAUGAAUCUGAAGCCAGUCGAAUGAAACCUGCUGAAUAAUGUUACGUUAACAUAUUGACUUGCAUACCACUUUGUAGUUUUCCAUAUAAAAACGGACAACAAUUGAAAAA